AUGCCGCAGCGAUGCCUCUCUACGCAGCGGUCUCGCCGACGUUUGCCGCAGGAGGGAUCGCUGGACGAGCUGGUGAACUCGACGUUCUAUGCUGAUUUCUUCAUUGCAUUUGCAGCCUUCACCAGUUGCUUCAUCCUAUUCCUACAAACGCUGGACGGUCCGAACCACCAUAGAUCUGAGCCUGAGUACCCGAAACUUCCCAACGAGAGCGGCUACUAUGACGCAGAUCUGGUCUUUACCAUCAUUUUCACCCCGGAACUACUCGUUCGACUCGUCAAUUGGCCAUCUUUGUGGCGCGAACAUGAAUACCUCACCGAGCGACGUCUGAAGCCAUUUCUGCGCGACUUUUUCAACUGGUUCGAUGUCGCUGCCAUCGUCCCAUUCUACAUCGACCUCAUCUUCGGUAAGGAGAAGAGCUUCGUCAUCAUGCGACUAUGCCGACUGCUUCCUAUCCGCGCCAGUGUCGCCCCCAUUUCCGUGGCUCUGAUUUUCUUCACAGAAAUUGUGCUCUUCUUCUCUGUUGUCAUGUACAUGGUGGAUCCGAGUUACGACCGCAAUAAACCAGGUUUCUCGGAUCUACUAACCACGGGCUACUUUGUAGUGGUCACUGCAACGUGGCAAGCCUCCGUGUCGCUGUCAUGA